CGAAGCAGAACGUGACUGAGGCGCCAAGCGGCUGUUAUGCAACCGGGUGACCCAGUAACACACAUUCCGUGCGCCGGCUGCAGGGACCGGCCGCCACCGCCCGCAGGGACCGGCCCGCCCGGCCCGGCUCGGCCCGGCCCGGCCCGAGAGGUGUUCCCUCCUCCUCCUCCUCCCGGACCUGACACGGCUCCCGCCCCCUGCCCGCCUCACAUCCCACAACACCCGCAGCCCAGCCGCGUCUCCGCAGCCAGCCUCCCGGAGCAGGACGCGGGGGCCAGAGCUCCUGGCCGGGGGCCAGCCCCUUCCCAGCGCGGCCAGCAGGCACGGAAGGGACCCAGCCGAGCCUGAACCGCCCCCAACAGCGGCUCCUCCAGGCGCCCAGAAGAUGGUCCACAGGUCCCCAAUGUACCUGCUGGCACCCGAAGGUGCCCAUCGUGGCUUGUCGGUCGCAGCUGGAGGGCCACUCACGGCAGCAGCUUGCCUGGCCACCGGGCUUGUUAACUGCUUGGGCUGAGGAGCUAGCGAGAAUCGUCUGUUCCAGUGGCAGAGAUCUGGAGCGCGUUUUCCCUGUGGCAGAGAUUCAGGGUGCAGUGUCCUGGUGGCAGACGUCUGUGGACCUAUAUCCCCGUGGCAGAGAUCUGGGACACGUUAUCCCCGUAGCAGAGAUCCAGGGCGCAGUGUCCUGGUGGCAGACGUCUGUGGACCCAUAUCCCAGUGGCAAAGAGAUCCAGGGUGCAGUGUCCCUGUGGCAGACAUCUGUGGACCUAUAUCCCUGUGGCAGAGAUCUGGGGUGUGUUAACCCCGUGGCAGAGAGUGCAGUGUCCCAGUGGUAGACGUCUGUGGACCUAUAUCCCCGUGGCAGAGAACUGAGGCGUGUUAUCCCCGUGGCAGAGAUCUAGGGUGCAGUGUCCCAGUGGCAGACGUCUGUGGACCCAUAUCCCCGUGGCAGAGAUCUGAGGCGUGUUAUCCCCGUGGCAGAGAUCCAGGGCGCAGUGUCCCGGUGGCAGAUGUCUGUGGACCCAUAUCCCUGUGGCAGAGAUCUGGGGUGUGUUAACCCCGUGGCAAAGAGUGCAGUGUCCUGGUGGCAGACAUCUGUGGACCUAUAUCCCCGUGGCAGAGAUCUGGGGUGUGUUAACCCCGUGGCAGAGAGUACAGUGUCCUGGUGGCAGACGUCUGUGGACCUAUAUCCCCGUGGCAGAGAUCUGGGGUGUGUUAUCCCCGUGGCAGAGAUCCAGGGCGCAGUGUCCCGGUGACAGAGAUCUGUGGACCCCUAUCCCGCUGGCGGAGACCCACGGGUGAGUUCUUGAGCCAUCUCUAACCUCAGCGUCCCGACCCUUCGCCGGCGACCGUCCUGGGCUCUCUGAGGGCGCCGAAGGAGUGUCGAGGGUCAGGGCAGGGGUGCCCUGGGUUCUAUUUCUGGCCCUGCGAUGGAGGGUCUCCGCUCGCCUGCCCAGUGCGUGGCAGGGGGCGUCCCCCCGGAGGGCGCGAUGCCCCGGGCUCGGGCGCUGAAGGGCAAAGCCAGCGCCAGCUGCCGGCGCAAGCGGGAGUUCAUCUCGGACGAGAAGAAGGACGCCAGCUACUGGGAGAAGCGGCGGAAGAACAACGAGGCGGCCAAGCGCUCGCGGGAGAAGCGGCGCGUCAACGACCUGGUGCUGGAGAGCCGGGUGCUGGCGCUCAACGAGGAGAACCUGCGCCUCAAGACGGAGCUGCUGCAGCUCAAGCUACGCUUCGGGCUCCUCAGCACCGCCGCCUUCGCGGAGAAGAGCCAGCAGCUCCGCGCCGCCAGCCGGGAGCGCUGCGGGGGCAGCAGCGGCUACUCCAGCGCCUCCUCCCGGGCCCAGCACUCGGAGGACUCGUCCGAGACGGAGCAGCCCGGCCGGGACGCCGCCGGAGCCAAAUACUCGCCGCGGGGCUCCCUCUCCGACAUGUCCGACGGCUCCUCCCGGGACAGCCCGCUGCCGCGGACGCCGGGGGAGGCGCAGGCCGUGAGCCGGGCCCGGGGGGAUGACGGGGCGCUGCGCCCCCCCGACCCCCAGGCCCCGGCCUCCCGGGGCGUCAUCCUCUUCAGCGCCAACGGCUUCACCGCGGUGGAGCCGCCCCGAGCCUGGGGGGUGCCAGAGCAGGGGGACGGGGCAGAGGAGGAGGAAGAAGAGGAGAAGGCCCUGGGGAGCUAUGCCCAGCAGAUACCCGGGGGUCGCCAUGGCGACUGUGAGGCCUAUUGCCAGCAGGGGGAGCUGCAGGGCCCCCCCGAGCCGUAUGGCUGCCCACGGGCUGAGGGCUACGGCGCCCCUGCUGGCUUCCUUGGGGAGGAGGCGGCGCGGGAGGCCAGGCCGGAGCCCACGGAGAUGGUGGUCGAGCUGAGUUCCCCCUUCGCAGGUUACUCCAGCGAGGAGAGUGGGGAGGAGCCCGGCUGGGGGUGCCCUCCCGCCCCCUACCCGCCCGCCCCGGACGUCAAGCUGGCUGCUCUGCCCCACAAGCUGCGCCUCAAGUGCCGGGCCCACAGCAGCGGUGGCCAGGACCUGGGCCCUGAGCCUGGCGCCACCGGCUGCCAGCAGGAGGCGCCAGCCGACUGGGAGAGCGAGAGGCACGAGGAGAUGGCGGCCCUGGUGCGGCAGGCACUGCUCCUCAACGGGCACCCCCCCGCCGCCGGCGCCCUGGACAGACUCCUCUACUGCAGCCCCCUGCCCCCCUCAAACAGGCUGGAGCCCGGGGACUUUGCCGGCGGGUGGAGGGGCAGUUGCCACAAUGAGGGUGCCAGGCCCAUAUGACGGUGCCCUCUAGCGGGGCACAGCCCUUGAACAGCGACUGCCUGGGCAGGUGACGUGGACAAAGCCAACACUGACUGUCCUGCUGGGCCUGGAGAUCUGCCCGGCUGGGAUCCGGUGAGCAGAGAGAUCCCUGUUCUGCUGGGCCCGGGGAUCUGCCUGGCUGGGAUCCGGUGAGCAGAGAGAUCCCUGUUCUGCUGGGCCCGGGGAUCUGCCCGGCUGGGAUCCAGUGAGCAGAGAGAUCCCUGUUCUGCUGGGCCCGGGGAUCUGCCCGGCUGGGAUCUGGUGAGAAGCGAAAUCCCUGUCCUGCUAGGCCUGGGGAUCUGGAGAGCAGCAGGUUCCACUUGGCUGAGCUCACAGAUUUGGGAGCUGUCAGACGGUUCCCACCAAGCUGAGGUCUGAGCCCCAUGUGCUGGGUGGGGCUGGCCUUGCAGGGGGAGGACCAAGCGGGAUCUCCUCAUCCCCCCCACCCCCUUGGCUUUGGAGCCCCCAGGAUGGUGACAGCGGGGUGCAGCCAGGGCCUGGGACCAGCAGCCUCCCUCGUCCUGGGACUGUCUCACCAGCAACGCCGCCAGCCAGCUCUCUUGAAGCCAGUGGGAUUCGGGGGAGGUGGGGGUGGGGGAUUUUCUGAGUCGGGAAACAUUUGAUGAAAAUAAAACUGUAUCUUUUAAAAAAAAAAAUCCAAAUAAAUGUCCCAAAAAGA